GCGAAACUUACAUUGCUGAUUUACAGCCAAAGUCAAGUCUUCUGGGCAGAGAGCUGGAGCACAAUUAAAGGCUAUAUAAACAAACGACAAAAUCGUGAACUUUUGAAGCGGUUUGUUCUUGGAGGUGUUGUUUAUGAGCGUCGUCUGUUGCUACAACUGAGGCAUAAAUAGGCUACUGAAGGACGAACGGCUAAGCAUUAUUUUGAAGCAGGUACAAGUCUGGAUUCAUCAGAAUGACAAAAGAAGAGGAAAACCCUGAAUGGGUCGGUGGACAAGAAUUUUAUGACAAAUAUGAUCCAAAGGAGAUCUUGGGAAGGGGUGUAAGCAGUGUAGUUCGCAGAUGUGUGGAUAAACGGACUGGUCAGGAAUAUGCAGUAAAGAUCAUAGACAUCACACCAUCAGACAAAAUGACACCUCAAGAGAUACAAGAAAUCCAGCAGGCCACUGUGAAAGAGAUCGACAUACUUCGAAAAGUGUCUGGACAAAAGAACAUAAUUCAACUCAAGGAUUGCUUUGAAUCAAAGGCCUUCUUCUUUUUGGUAUUUGAUCUGAUGAAGAGAGGAGAGCUCUUCGACUACCUCACUGAAAAAGUCACUCUAAGUGAGAAAGAGACACGAAAGAUCAUUCGAGCUCUUCUGGAGGUGGUUGAGUAUCUUCACGCUCACAAUAUAGUCCAUCGUGACCUGAAACCGGAGAACAUUCUGUUAGAUGAUGAUGUGAAUAUCAAACUCACCGACUUUGGUUUCUCCAUCCAGAUUGAGGACGGACAAAAACUAAAUGAGGUUUGCGGGACACCGGGUUACUUAGCUCCAGAAAUCAUAGAGUGCUCAAUGGAUCCCAAACACUCUGGCUAUGGGACUGCUGUUGACCUCUGGAGCACAGGGGUGAUCUUGUACACCCUUUUGGCUGGAUCUCCACCAUUCUGGCACAGAAAACAAAUGCUGAUGCUUCGCCUGAUUCUUGCAGGACAAUACCAGUUCAGCUCACCAGAAUGGGAUGACCGUUCAGACACAGUCAAAGACUUGAUUUCUAGACUAUUAGUUGUGGAUCCACAGAGUCGAUACACAGCAACAGAAGCGCUCAGUCACCCCUUCUUCCAACAAUAUGUGGUUGCGGAAGUUCGCCAUUUCAGCCCUUACAGGAAGUUCAAGGUUAUUUGUAGGACUGUACUUGCUGCUAUGCGCAUCUACUGUAAUUAUCGUCGUGCCAAACCAGUGACCAAGGAAGUGAUGCGGAGCGACCCGUACGCCAUCAAACCUCUGCGCAAAAUGAUUGACGCUUGUGCCUUCAAGAUCUAUGGCCACUGGGUGAAGAAAGGCCAAACGCAGAACAGAGCAGCUUUAUUUGAGAACUCUCCAAAAGUCAUUCUGCUGUCCAUCGCGGCUGAGGAAAUGGAUUCAGCACAAAGGGCUUGGUGAGGGUUUAUCAUCGGUUACUAGUGGAUACAAGUUACCCUGAGACCAUGUUGAUAACGGUCCAAAAAUAUAUACCUUUACUGCUAAGAUGGCAGUGGGGGGAAAUUAUUAUUCAUAUUUAUUCAAGUAAUAUUUAUUUAAUAAAUUAUUCAGAUUGUU